UUUAAUAAAUUUAUAUAACCACCUUUAAAAUUCAAGAUGUAAAUUAUUUCUAGCAUUGUUUUUCCACCAUUCUCACACUCAAGACUCUAUAACGCUCUCUCUCCCUGCGAAGCGAUCAUACUGUGAACCAGAAAUGGGCCAGAUCCAGUAUUCGGAGAAGUAUAAUGAUGAUACGUAUGAGUACAGGCAUGUUGUUCUUCCGCCGGAGGUUGCCAGACUGCUUCCGAAAAAUCGCCUUCUCACUGAAAAUGAAUGGCGUGCUAUCGGGGUUCAGCAGAGCCGAGGGUGGGUCCACUAUGCAAUCCACCGCCCAGAGCCACAUAUCAUGCUUUUCAGGAGGGCACUGAACUUUCAGCAGCAGCAGGAGAGCCAAGCUCAACAAACCUUGCUUGCCAAGUGAAGAACAGCUACUGUGCUUUAGCACGAAAAGGGGUAUUCUUGUUUCCUCUGGGAAUGAGCUUACUAUAUAUAAACACACAAUAUGCUGUAUUAAGAUGUUUGAUCUAAUCAGAGUGUGAGAUGAAAUUCUGCUGAUGAAACUGCAUAGAACUUCAAAGUUGAAAUUGCUUUUUCAACAGAUUGAAUGUUGUUAGCUUGAGAAAUGUAUAACCAGUUGAUUAAAUGUUUGCCUAUGAAGUAGUAAUAUGCUUCUUGCUGCUA